ACAGUCAGUUGUUUUGUAACUUUGGUCCGUGGCUGACGGUUGGCGCUUGAGAAAGAUCGCUAAGCAGGCCAUGCUCUGCCGAUUCGUGGAAAAUUUUGCACCGAGUACUAUGUGAAUGGUAGUGAAACAGGAGCGUUACGUAUUCGCUUUAUUAUUUGUGUUUCUUUUUUUAUGUUAGUGGCAGUGUUUUGGUUUCGCCGGUUUUGGAUUACUUCAGGUGUUUGAUGUAGAUCUCGUGACCACCGGAUAUGAAAAAAACUCUAAACCCGUCUUUGUCUCUGCAGGAUUUACUUCUCCGCUUCAUUUUGUGUUCUCAAAAAGAGACGUGUAGCAGACAGUUUAGGUAACAGUUCAUGUAUCCUCCGGUCAGAAAUCAAGGAAAGAAGCUAUACUCAAUAUCUGAGGAAGAUACCGUGGAAAAUCUGAAGAAUUGCGAAUACUAGUGAUCGAAACAUCUGAUUUUGAAACCUAACAAGAUAUUUUCUGGAAGGUACCGAGUUGAGUAGUCUCUCCAAGAAGUUUAGUGGUUGAACCAGCUGUUCCAAAGCCUAUUAACACCUCUUGUGAUCGACUAAAGUGAAGAUAUCUCCUUCGGACAGAUUCUCAGCGAGGUUCGUUCCUCCAGGUUCCUUAACCGCCCAAAACGGCUACCCAGGGCUCGAAGGAUCGGAAAAACUUCCAGAACUUCCACCUUACGCUGUUCAAGAUUCCCAGCAGGGCCAUCAAGAGUCAGUGGCGAGGCGGUGGAGACGGCGGUACCAUCCCCUCGUCGAAGAAGAGGAAGCAGUCCAUAAUUGGGAAGGCGUCGAGGGUAGCGGUGACGUUAAAGGGGUGGUGGCGCGAUGUGGGGCUAUGCCCCCGGGUGGCCGCCCCGCAGAAGGUAGGCUCCCUCGCUGCCCCCCGCCACCGCUGCUGCCACAGGCGGGGCUCGCUGCGAUCCAUGGGACAGUCCUUCAGCAUGUGCAAAUUCAAUAACUCUAAACACAAGAAAAGCUUGCAUUUACGCAGUUGUGGCGACGAAGGGCGGAUGCCUGCCGAUGGGGGCACACCUGGAUCGGAGUCUUCACAUCGACUCCCAAGGCACAACAACCACAGUGUCAUUGGGGGCCACAGCUAUGAUCCGGAGUACUCUAAGAUGGAGGCCUGGCUGGACGAGCAUCCAGAUUUUGUCCAGGACUACUUUCUCAGGAAAGCCCCCAGGCAAGUGGUGGACUCGUGGCUGGUGUCGCAUACCACCCCUACCUCCUCCAGCGUUGAGCUGGCAUCCCCCACCCACAACCAGUCCAGGGCCGGCUCGGGCGCCACGACGCCCGUUCGCAAAAUCUCGGCGCACGAGUUCGAGCGCGGCGGCCUCUUGAAGCCCAUGAUCAGCACCAUCGACGGGCAGCCGACUUUCCUGACCAGCGAAAAUCAGACGCCCGGCAGCACCGGCAGUCCAACCCCCGGCAGGAGGCAGAGGCGGUCCAGGCACGAACUGAGGCAGCUGGACGAGAAGGAUCUCAUUUUUGAGCUGGUGAAGGACAUCUGCAACGAGCUCGAGGUGCGCUCCCUCUGCCACAAGAUCCUCCAGAACGUCUGCCUGCUCCUGCACGCCGACAGAGGCUCACUGUUCCUAGUCCAAGGCGAGAGGGGUGGCGGAUGCACCCCUCUGCCUCCCGGCCAAGCCCCCAGGGGGCGCUGCCUAGUCUCCAAGCUCUUCGACGUCUGCUCCAAGAGCACGCUGAUGGAGAUGGAAAAGAAGGACGAGAUCCGGAUCCCCUGGGGCACGGGCAUCGUCGGGUACGUCGCGGAGAGCGGCGAACCGGUCAAUAUACCAGACGCUUACCAGGAUGAAAGGUUCAACCAUGACGUCGAUGCCUUGACAGGCUACCGAACCAAAUCUCUUCUAUGUAUGCCCAUCAAGGAUACGAAUGGUGACGUCAUAGGGGUAGCACAAGUCAUAAACAAGGUGGGCGACCAGCCCUUCAGUAAGUCCGACGAGGAAGUGUUCUCCAGUUACCUCCAGUUCUGCGGCAUCGGCCUCAGGAAUGCGCACCUCUACGAGAAGUCCCAGCUGGAGAUCAAGCGCAACCAGGUGCUGCUGGACCUGGCCCGCAUGAUAUUCGAGGAGCAGUCCACCAUCGAGCACGUCGUGUUCAGGAUACUGACGCACACCCAGAGUCUCAUCCAGUGCCAGAGGGUGCAGGUUUUACUAGUCCACCAGGAUUCUAAAAUAAGUUUUUCGAGAGUAUUUGACUUUGAGGCUAACGAUUUGAAGAUUUUAGAGGAAGGUUGCGAAUCUAGAACGAGUCCAUUCGAAAGCAGAUUUCCCAUCAACGUGGGCAUUACAGGGUAUGUGGCUACAACGGGAGAGACCGCGAACCUUCCCAACGUAGAUGAGGACGCCCGCUUCGACCCCAGCGUAGACGAGGGCACGAACUUCAAGCACAAAACCAUCCUUUGCAUGCCCAUCAAGAAUUCCUGCGCCGAGAUCAUAGGCGUCAUCCAGCUCAUAAACAAAUUCAACGAUCUCCCCUUCACCAAGAACGACGAGAACUUCGUCGAGGCAUUCGCCAUCUUCUGCGGAAUGGGCAUCCACAACACGCACAUGUACGAGAAGGCCGUCGUGGCAGUGGCCAAGCAGAACGUCACCCUGGAGGUGCUGUCUUACCACGCCACGGCCAGUCUGGAAGACGCGCAACGAUUAAGGAGUUUACGGGUACCAUCGGCAGCACAUUUCGGACUGCACAGUUACUCGUUCGACGACAUCCACAUGGAUGACGACGAAACUCUCACUGCUUGCAUCAGGAUGUUCCUCGACCUGGACAUAGUGGAACGUUUCAACAUGGACUACGAGGUGUUGUGCAGGUGGUUGUUGUCCGUGAAGAAGAACUACAGGAAUGUCACCUACCACAACUGGAGGCACGCCUUCAACGUGGCCCAGAUGAUGUUCUCCAUACUGACUUCUACCCAGUGGUGGAAAAUCUUCGGUGAGAUUGAGUGUCUCGCUCUGAUGAUCGCGUGUCUCUGCCACGACCUGGACCACAGGGGAACCAACAAUUCUUUCCAGAUAAAGGCUUCCUCGCCUCUCGCACAACUAUAUUCAACGUCCACCAUGGAACACCACCACUUCGACCAAUGCAUAAUGAUCCUCAACUCGCCCGGGAACCAGCUUCUAUCCAAUAUUUCUCCGGACGACUAUUCUAGGGUUAUCAGGGUAUUAGAAGAGGCCAUCCUCUCUACGGACCUAGCGGUCUACUUCAGAAAACGAGGUGCGUUCUUCAAAGUCGUGAGCGAGGGCCCAUGUUGGGCCAUGGAGGAACACAGGGAAUUGCUGAGGGCCAUGCUGAUGACGGUGUGCGAUUUGGCGGCCAUCACGAAACCGUGGGAGGUUGAGAAACGGGUGGCCGAACUAGUGUCGUCGGAGUUCUUUGAACAGGGAGAUAUCGAGAGGGAGAAGCUGAAGAUUACGCCAAUAGACAUAAUGAACAGAGAGAAAGAGGACCAAUUACCAUUAAUGCAAGUAGGAUUUAUUGAUUCAAUUUGCCUGCCUAUUUACGAGUCAUUCGGCAUGCUGUCGGAUCAUCUGGAGCCCCUAGUGGAAGGCGUCCGGCAGAACAGGAAGAAGUGGCUCGAGAUAGCGGCGGCGAACUGCCUGGUUCCGCAGACGGAGACGAACGAGGAACGGGACAAUAACGACAACCUGUCGAAACCGACCACCCCCGAACAGAACCACAACUCGUCUCCGACGGAGAACAGCCAUUCACCAAUUACCGACUAGUAUAAAAAAAAGUUAUGUACAUAUAUAUUUACAAGACUAUUUAUUAUUAAACUAUUUUUAAUUCAAAGACUUAAGCGGACGAAUUAAUAAGUCCACGAAAGAGAUAUUUUAGUCAAAAGAGUUUACAGUUUACAAGUUAAAUGGCCUCUUUCAGUGUUGAUAAUUCAGGAAACUGUAGUCGUAAGCUCCCGGGGUCUGUAACUGGCAAGAGAAUAUCGAAUCUCCUUCUGCGGGGAUGAAAAUUUUACGGCGGAAAUAGUUUUCAGUAAUGACUCGUACCAAUUUCAAAUAUUUGACCAUAUUCGAGAGUAAUCUCUUCUAAUCUUAACGUUGGACUCGCGGGAAAUUUUAUUUUUUUAAAGUUGUUGAAAGUACGUGUCGACUGUUGUCGAGAUUAGGAGUUGGUCGAGAAAUGGAAAUUACAGAGGGGACGUUGAAAUGGGUGUGUUCCUAAGGAUUUGGCCAAUACCAUGUUAAGGUUUUGUUAAUGCUGACGAUUUGUUUGUUCGGUGAAUUCGUGCUUUUCCGUUUCCUACUCAAAGCUUCGAUUUUAUUUCUAAAUGUUUUCAGCAUCUGAAUUGUCGAGGAUGUUAUUCGCUUCUGUCAAAAGUCGAGAAAUUUUUGGUGGGAAAGUAGUAAUUUAAUGAUUUUAAAACGUUUUUUUAUUGCAAUAGGCAUUUGCCAAUAAACUUAUGUAAGAUCGAUGACGGAAUUUUCGAAAUAUCAUUUUUAUAUGAAUAUCGCAAAUGAUCUUACAAAGUAUAAAAUACUUAUUUUACUUUGAGUACAGCCAUAUUAAUUUUUUUAAUAUUGAAACAAUAUGAAGUAACAGCAAAUUUCAAACGUUUAUUACAUUUAUUGCAUUUGAACACGAAAUACAACGUAACAAUUUUUUAUCUGCAUAUUAAAAAAUAUGAGCGAGAUGUUUUAACAAUGAUUAAAACAUAACUUUUUAAUCAAGAAUAUUUCUAAAAUAAGAACGUGAAAAAGAAGUCGUAAUUUAGAACCAAGCAAGCAAGGUUUUAAAUUGGGGGGGUGUGCUCUGUGGAAGCAACGGCAGCAUUGCUUCCCUUAGACAGCCUACACACGUAACAAUUUGAUUUUAAAAUCACAAUAACUGCCUAACAACAACAAUACACUUAACAUUCAUAACUGUCGCAGUCAUAAGUUUACACGUUUCAACUUGCGUUCAAGCACGACUGUUGAUACGAUUUUUAUGGAAGCUCCUGACUGCGAACGAUUCGACGACUACGUACUGCAGAGCAUCCAAUUUGCCUACAAAUGGUACGAUUUAUCGUUACUGCAACAGUUUCGACCAAUAUCGCUCUGCAUGUAGUACAAUAAAUCGUUACGUGUGUAGGCCGUUUUACUCUAUGCGUGUUACAAAUUAUAUGUAAUUAAUUGUUUAUUACUUUUGAAACAAUUAAAUUUGCUCCAGUUUUUGCAUUAUCCAGCAGACAGUAUCUUUCUCACACUGAAGCUUUCACUAUUUAGUUUACAUUGAUGUGAGAUACGGUUAUCACCUCGUUUUCCACCAGGACGAGGGGAAUCAGCUCAAAGCAUUGAAAAUAAAUAGGAAUCCGUAUUACCAAGUCUUGUGAUUGUUUAUUUCGUAGUAUGGUGUUCUUAUUUCAUGUGACGACGCCGCUAACGAGACUGGCACAUUCAAAGGAUAUAUCGGCAUGGAAAUGCAACAGUUUUCUGUAAUUUUUCUAAUAAUUGCCACAUUUCCCCAAGUCGUUGCAGCCUAAAAAUUUUCUCAUCAUUGUGUUGUACAAAACAGACAACGCUUCCUUAAACCUCAAACGUAACAUGAUAUUUAAGGUUAGGUUCAUAUUUAGACUACAUACUUAAGUUCGAUCAACUUAAAUUGUCUAUUUUAAAAAUGAUUACAAGCCACGUGAUUGGCGAGCUUAGGCAAUCAACAUUACACGACUGGCACUAUCAAUUAAAAGUCCUUAAAUCUCAGCGUCAUCAAUAUUAUUGAUUCGUUUACAAUGAACAAUGGCAA